AUGGACGAGAACGGAGGAUCCGUGAGACGAAAGCGCGGCAGGCAAUCGUCAGUCAGCAAUGCUUCGACACCAGGAUCGGCUACCAAGAAGCGCAAGCUCGACGAUGGCGAAGCAGCGGCCACGGAGACAAACGGGUCGGAGACGGGCCGCGGUCGAGGCGGCAGGCGGUCCUUUAUGGCGGCGCUCUCUGAUGCCAUCUCCUUGGCCAGGGGCCAGAAGAAGGUGAAGGAGUCGCAGUCACAGGAGAACCUUAGAGCCGACUCCAAAGACGAAAGCCCCACCAAAGCGGCUACCAUGCCAGCCAAAAGGGGCCGGCCGCGCCCCUCGAUUCUUGGCGAAAAGGGGAAAAGUGUGUACGACUUUCCCGGUUCGGAUGGAGAGACCACGGCGGCUGCGACAAUAACGACAGAAAAGACGAUGCCGAGGAAAGCGAGUAGGAAGACGGCUGGUUCUCAAAAUACGACGCCGACAUCGAAGAAGCGGACUGCAAGGGGCGCCGCGACGGCGGACCUGAUGGACGUGGACGAUGUUGAUCCUUACGGCACACUUGAGCGGGAGCAGUUGAGCGGAACACCGAGUCGUGGCCGGCUGGGCAAGACCGGCCUCGCCAACGGCGCACAGACAAGCCCUCUCAAGAGCAUCCUGACGCCGUCGAGGAAAGGGAACGAUGACACACCACGACGUCGAAAAAGCGUUGCGUUUGGACUCGAUAAGGGGAGAAAGGACGUGGAGAUCUUUUUCGAGGAUUUGCCGACGACCAAGUCCAAGGCGACACCCAAACUCCGGGGACUCGAGAAAGAAGUCGAUGCGACGGCCGAGAUAGGGAAGGGGAAAGAAGAGGAGCCGCAGGAAGAGGAAGAGGACGACGAGGUGUGCGAGAUCUGCUUGAAGCCUGACUCCAAGGCACCCAACGAAAUCAUAUUCUGCGAUAACUGCGACCUCGGAUACCAUCAAAAGUGCCACAACGUUCCCAGUAUUCCCGAGGGCGACUGGCUCUGCAAGAACUGCUCGCAGGAAGAUAUUUCCAAGACGCCGCAGAAGGCUGCCUCGUCCGCUGCCAUCAACGUGGUGCCUGUGCCCGCCGACGCACCCGAUAUUCCUAAUCUCGACAAGCACCUUCCGGCACUCCAGCGCAUACUCAUGGAUAGAUGCACGGGGCAAAGGCGGCUAAGGCUAACAGGGCUGGAUGAGGCAUAUGGCAAGGUUGGUGACAUAGUGGAACAGACGAUUACAUCUGGGGAGGGCAAUUCAAUGCUCCUCAUUGGAAGCAGGGGGUGGGCAAAACAACUUCACUGGUGGCAGGUCAUCGAGAAAGUCAUCGCGGACAUGGGGAAGAAACACCCCGGUGAUUUCCACGUUGUGCGGCUGAACGGUUUUAUCCACACGGACGACAAGCUUGCGAUUAGGGACACCUGGCGGCAGCUCGGAAAGGAGAUGGAGGUGGAUGACGACAUUGUUCACCGGACGAGCUAUGCCGACACGAUGAUGUCUCUCCUUGCGCUUCUUUCACAUCCGUCGGAAAUCACGGGUGAGGACGAGGGCCUCAUCUCCCAGGCGGUCAUCUUUGUCAUCGAUGAGUUUGACCAGUUUGCCUACCAUCCUCGCCAAACGCUUUUGUACAACCUGUUCGACAUUGCCCAGGCACGCAAAGCCCCGAUCGCGGUGCUGGGCUGCACGUCACGCGUCGACGUGGUGGAGAUGCUGGAGAAGCGCGUCAAGAGUCGGUUCAGCCACAGGUUCGUCUACGUGGCCCCGGCCCGCAGCCUGACGGGCUUCUGGGAGGUGUGUCGGCAGGGUCUAGUGGUAGACAAGGACGACGCGGCGGAAGAAGGCAUGGACACGGAACUCGAGGGGUUCGACGAAUUCAUGGAGUAUUGGGCCAAGAAGAUUGACCGGCUGUACAAGCAAGAAGCGUUCAAGCUGCUCCUCUUGGGCCAGUACUACCUCUCCAAGUCGGUCAUGGGGUUCCUUGGCCUGUGCGUGCUGCCGCUCGCUGCGCUCUCACCGUCCAACGUUGGGCUUCAGAUCCCGAGGGCGGCGUCGGUGGCCGCGCUGGCGGCACCAAUGUCGAAGUUGCACCUGCUGCGGUCGCUUUCGGACCUCGACCUAGGCCUGCUGAUCGCGGCGGCGCGACUGGACAUCAUAGCACAUACGGACGCGGUCAACUUUGCCAUGGCGUACGACGAAUAUAGCUCGCUCAUGGGACGGCAACGGGUGCAGUCGGCGAGCGCGGGCAUGCUAGCUGUCGGGGGCGGGGUGCGGGUGUGGGGACGCGGGGUGGCGGCGACGAGCUGGGAACGGCUCAUCGAUGCGAGCUUGCUAGUGCCAGCAGGACUCGGAGGCGGCAAGGGCGCGGGCGGGCUCGAGGCCAAGAUGUGGGUGGUGGACGUGUCUCUGCCGGAGAUCGCGGCGUCGGUGAAGCUGAGCGUAGUCCUGGCAAGAUGGUGCAAGGAGAUUUGA